UCAUUGCUCAACAUAAUAAAAUAUGAUAUAAAUUAUUUAAUGUAAUUCAUUAACAAAAAAAAAAUUAAAUAAAAACAAAAUUAAAAAUAAUUAAAAAGUGAAAUAAUUAUUUUGCAGUUAGCACACUUUUGUUUCUGGCAUGAUUCACACAGGUCGAAACGAUGUCGUUUAGUGUCUUUUCCCAGAAAAAACGGAGAUCAAAUAGGUCCCUUAUGGAUCCCACAAACAGCAGACACGGCGCUCCUUUUGAAUUUUCUACUCGGCGUUUUACACUUUCCACGUUUGGUCAAAACGCUCCUUCUCUAUUACUUAACGACCGUUAAUAACUUCCGGUAUCAUCUACCCAGUCAAACACUCACCACGUGUCUAUUUACCGUCUAAUCCGACGCCGUUAAUUCCGCUCCUAAGAAUCGCUUUAAAAACCACGUUUUCAUUUUCUCAUCUCUAACCUCUCUGUCAUUAACUCUGGUCAGCGAUUCUUCUUCUUCUUCUUCUCAGUUCCUCUCACCGAAUAAGAAGGUUUUAAAGAUGCCGUCAACGCCGACGACGACGUCUACAACAACGCCGAUCACGGCUUCGUAUUGGUGUUAUAGCUGUACGCGUUUCGUCAGCGUUUGGGCUGAUCAAGGCACAGCCACCGUCGGCGGUGUCGCUUGUCCUCACUGCGACGGCGGUUUUAUCGAAGAGAUUAACGAUUCUUCCUCCGCCGCUACCGAAUUAGCGAUUCCGGCUUCUACUGAAGUAAGAUCGAUUAAUAACAACCGUAGAUCCGUGAUUAGACGCCGGAGAUCCGGUCGUCGUCCGUCGUUUAAUCCGGUCAUCGUACUCCAAGGAGGCGCCGGCGAGAGAGAAGAUGGAGAAGAAGGAGAUGCGGCUAGAGAUCGACGCGCUUUUGAGUUUUAUUACGAUGACGGAUCCGGAUCGGGUCUUAGACCGCUUCCGGAUUCUGUAUCUGAGAUCUUGAUGGGAUCUGGAUUUGAGCGGUUACUGGAACAGCUAAGCCAGAUCGAAGCGUCGGCUACCGGAAUCGGUAGAUCUGGAAACCCUCCGGCGUCGAAAUCGGCGAUUGAGUCUUUGCCUAGAGUCGAAAUUUCGGAUUGUCACAUAGGCUCGGAGGCUAAUUGCGCUGUUUGCACGGAGAUUUUCGAGGCGGAGACGGAUGCACGUGAGAUGCCGUGUAAACACCUCUUCCACGACGAUUGCAUUGUGCCUUGGCUAUCGAUUCGAAACUCUUGCCCCGUGUGCAGAUUCGAGCUACCUUCAGAGCCUAAUCGACGAAGCAACAACAACGAGGAGGAUAACGCCGUGGGGAUGACAAUUUGGAGACUCCCCGGUGGUGGAUUCGCUGUCGGGAGGUUUAACGCCGCAAUGAGAGACGGAGAGAGAGUUUUACCUGUGGUGUUAACAGAAAUGGACGGUGGUGGGAUUGGUAAUAGCCAGGACGGUCCUAGACGGAUCUCAUGGGUUAGGUCACACGGUACACUCGAAUCGGAUAGCAACGGUGGUGGCUCCGGUACUGGCACCGGCGGUAGAUUGAGAAGGAUGGUUCGUGGAAUGGUGUCGUUAAUGAGGAGAGUGAGACCAAAUCGUAGCUCUUCUUCAUCUGCUGCACUUUCAUCUUCUUCUGAUAAUCUGGAUUUGAACAUUGAAGUAGAAUCUAGGGUUUUGGAUAGGUCGAAUUCAGUGAUGAGAAGAUACUUCAGGAGAAACAGAAGUAACAGAGAUUCUUCUUCUUCGGUUCUUCAUUGAUUGAGAACUAUAUAUAGUAUUUUUUGGUUUGUUCAUUCAACAAUGUAAAUAUAAAAUUCAGAAGAAAACGAUUGGUGCUUCGUUUUCUGUUAUUAUCAAUUCGAUUAUGUUACAUCAAAAUGUCUAAUGUUCGUAAAGAAGUGUUCUUCAUCU